AACUUGUUAUGCGGACCAGUCUAGUUCAUUCUCCUGUUUCCCAUCUGGGGUUGCUUCGUCUCAUCCUUUAUUUGUCAAAUAUUCAUCUGGGUUUCCUGUUGCUUCUUGCUAAAAUUUAGAAAAGAAAGAGAGAAAAUUUUCCUCAAUCAAAUUGCUAAUUUGUCUUGCCCUAUUUCUGUAUCUAUUCAGCCUUCUUCUUUGACGAUAACAAUAUUCAACGCUUGCCUAACUUAAUUUCACUUUGUUUCCUUUUUUGUUUUUAAUUUAGUUCCCCUCUUUUGAUCUCUAUACUAUUUGGCAUUCUGGAGAAGCUUGCAGCCAUCACAAUUAUUGAAAAAUGAAGUGUUUUAACUACUUCAAGGACAAAUCCAGAAGCAGGCAACAAAGAUCAGCACCAGAGUUGAAAGAGCGAUCAAAAUCGGAUUAUUCAGGGUCAGGGACACGCACAAUAGCAAAAUCGGAUUAUUCAUGCUCGGAAACUUCACCGCGUGGUAUACCACAAUUAUAUGAGGAGAAGGCUCAUAACCUGCGAGUUUUCUCCUUUUCAGAGCUCAGGCAUGCAACCCAUGAUUUCGAGAGACUACUAAAGAUUGGGGAAGGUGGAUUUGGGAGUGUCUAUAAAGGCUCAAUCAAGCCUGCUGAUGGGAAUGGUGACCCAAUUGUGGUCGCAAUUAAGAAGCUUAACAAAGAUGGUUUGCAGGGUCAUAAACAAUGGGUUGCAGAAGUUCAAUUUCUGGGUGUGGUAGAGCAUCCAAAUCUUGUCAAACUCAUAGGAUAUUGUGCUGCCGACGGAGAAAGAGGAAUGCAGAGACUACUUGUAUAUGAGUUUAUGCCAAACAAAAGCUUAGAAGAUCAUCUUUUUAACAGGGCAUACCCUGUUCUUCCUUGGAAAAGAAGAUUACAAAUAAUACUUGGAGCAGCUCAAGGAUUGGCUUACUUACACGAGGGCUUGGAAAUUCAGGUCAUCUAUCGAGAUUUUAAAUCUUCCAAUGUUUUAUUGGAUGAGAAUUUUAAUCCAAAGCUGUCAGACUUUGGGCUUGCUAGGGAGGGACCAGUGGCUGGACGAACGCACGUCUCAACAGCAGUGAUGGGGACAUAUGGAUAUGCCGCUCCUGAUUACAUAGAGACGGGGCAUCUCACGGCUAAAAGUGAUGUAUGGAGCUUUGGGGUUGUACUAUACGAGAUCAUUACUGGCAGGCGUUCAAUGGAAAGAAAACGCCCGAGAGCAGAACAGAGGUUGCUGGAGUGGGUAAAGCAGUUCCCCGCUGAUAGUAAAAAAUUUGCGUUGAUAAUUGACACACGACUUGAAAACCAGUAUUCUAUAGCUGCAGCUCGAAAAAUUGCCAGGUUAGCAGACAGCUGUUUGCUGAAGAGUGCUAAGGAUCGACCAAAGAUGAGUCAAGUGGUAGAGUCUUUGAAGCAAAUAAUCCAGAAUUCAGAUGAAGAAGCAAGCAUUUCAAAGGAAAGUUUUGAAUCCUCAGAAACUGAGUCGAUUGACUCGAGUAAGAAGCAAGAUCAACUGGUGGCCGCCGAGUCUUGGAAAAGGAGGAUGGCCCAUUUGGCAAAACUUGGUGAUCAUGUAGAGGGAGCAAGUAGAAGAAGAUAUAUGAUCAUGCAGAGAGCCAAAGUACCCUAGAAGAUUUUCCAUUUGUAGAUUGAGUCGCACUUUACUGAGAUCAUCUAAUGGAUUCGUUAUUUGUUUUCGAGCUGAUCGGAUGGAUUGAUCAACCACCCAAUUUGGUGUAUGGUGAUGCCAUUUGUACUGAAUAUGAUGCCAAUUUCAUUUUGUAUAGAGGCCUUUUCUGUGGACGGGAAAUUAUGUAAUAGCAUUUGUAACACCAUAU